CUCCGCUCUGUAUAUGGAUACCAUGACAGCACAUGUUUGAUAAAACUUAUCAGAAUUUGAGAAGAUAUUAAAACAACAUGAAUUCAGAAGCUGCACUGCUGCUAAUACUUGUAAGCUCCUUGCAAGGAGUGUUUGCUCAAGUGCCUAUAACUGCAUUGUCUGAAGCAACAGCUGUGGAAGAUUAUCAAGGCAGUGGUCUGUUAGAAGUGGAACAGGAAGAUGAAAUUCGAGACACUUACUGGUCUGGGACAGCCCCGCUUUGUUUCGGAGGGUGCAGGGGUCGACACAAGGAGCUGAGUAGAGAUAGCUGUGGAGAUUCAGACUGCUGCUGGAUGGGAUACAAAUCCCUCUGUAGAGUGAAAUGUGGGAAGCCUGAUGUAGAUUUUAAUGGGAUGGUGUAUGGGAGUGAUUGGUGGGUGGGCUCUGUGGUGCGUUAUGACUGCAGACCGGGGUUCGUGUUGGUGGGGGAUCCUGCUCGAGCCUGCCAGUCCAAUGGAAAAUGGACACCCAAACCAUCCUGUCUACGAGUGUGUCAUCUUGGGCGGGUAGAGAUCAAUGAGAGGGACAUUGACGGAAAGUGCACAUCCACCUGUCCAGAUGCUAAGAGCUAUGCGGUCCCUCUGAACCAUCAGUGCAGUCGCAUUGAAAACUGCAGGACUAAAGAACCGGGCUGGAAGGGCUGGUUCUCACUCUGUAACUACUGCGACUGUGACUGCUUCAUUCCCUGUGCUUCUGCAGGAUAGAAGACAAUGAAUCCAUUGGUUAUAUGGAAUAAUUAUGGAAGUUAUGGAAUGAACUUCAGGACAUUUAACUGAAUGUUUAGAGACACU